AUGGAACCAUCAACACCAUCAACACCACAGACCCAUAUCCCUUCACGCCAAGUUCCUGCCACUGAGUCCCUCGGCUCGCCUGGGCUGCGCCGGUGCUGGUCUUUACAUGAUGGAUAUGCAUGUUGUCCCCCCAAGGAAUCGAGCAGCCCUUCUAGGACCGAGGCAGAUUACUCAGAGAGCUUUGUAGUAGACUGGGAUCCAGACAACCCUAGUAAUCCGCGGAACUUCAAUGUGAUCCGGAAAUGGCUGAUCGUGAUUCUUGUAUCACUGGGGUCUAUGUGCGUCACUUGCACCUCAUCGAUCUACACCACGACCUAUGCGCAAAUCACCCACCAAUUCCACUGUUCACAGAUCGUGGCUACCUUGGGACUCUCCUUCUUCAUCUGGGGGCUGGGUCUGCUCAUCCCCUUCUUCCAGGCCCUCCCUUUCUAUGGACGUCGGCCGAUUUACCUCUUUUCACUGCUGUUCUUCCUCAUCUGGCUCAUCCCGUGUGCUGUGGCAACCAAUAUCCAAACGUUGAUUAUCGGUCGGUUUUUCAGCGGGUUCGCAGGGAGUGCCUUCUUGAGCGUGGCUGGGGGCACCGUGGCGGAUUUAUUCACCCGGCAAGAGCUGGCAGCCCCCAUGAUGCUAUACACCGCUAGUCCCUUCGUUGGGCCUGAGAUUGGACCUCUACUUGGUGGGUUUGUUAACCAGUACACCACUUGGCGUUGGUCAUUUUACCUUUUGAUGGGCUGGGUUGGCGCGUUGCUCGUGUCGAUAUUUUUCGUCGUGCCGGAAACAUAUCACCCGAUACUCCUCCAACAGAUAGCCUCCGCUCGUCGCAAAGAGCUGGGCGACGAUCGGUGGAAGAGUCCACUCGACAAGAAAACGCAGAGCGUGGCUGCUAGCAUCAAACAGUCGAUCUAUCGCCCAAUUCUCCUCCUAACCCUCGAGCCAAUGUGCUUGAGCCUGUGUAUCUUCUCUGCGAUCCUCCUGGGAAUCCUGUACCUGUUCUUCGGGGCCUUCCAGAUUGUCUUCGGGAAUGUCUACGGGUUCUCACUCUGGCAACGGGGCUGUAGCUUUCUGGGGCUUCUGGUGGGCAUGGUUCUGGCCAUCCUGACGGAUCCCUUCUGGCGGUGGAACUAUGCCCGCCUGGAACGGGUGCAUUUGACAAAGUCGCAAUCGGGCUCAAUGGCAACGGAGUCUGAGUCUCAAUAUCAGCCGGAAUGGCGACUUCCGCCUGUCACGGCGGGAUUAUUCAUCUUCGCGUGGACGGUCUAUCCUCGAGUCCACUGGAUUGGCCCGAUCAUCGGCAGUGGUAUCUUCGGCGCAGGAACGAUCUUGGUCUACUCAGGCAUCUUCACUUUCCUGGUAGAUGCAUACCCCUCCUACGCGGCUAGCGCCCUUGCUGCCAACAGCUUUGCCCGGUCUGCAUUCGCCGGUGUCUUCCCAUUGUUCGGUGUUCAGAUGUAUAACCGCCUGGGCUACCAUUGGGCUACGAGUCUGCUAGCGUUCCUGACCCUCGCUAUGAUCCCAUUCCCCUACUUGUUUUUUCGGUAUGGCUCGCGGAUUCGACAAAAGAGCCGGUUCUCGACCGCCAGUGGCUGA